GAAUCUGAAGGCCUGCUGGCGCGAGAGGCGCUGGCGGCUGCGCGGGGUUCGCGCAUCUUCGCGCGUCCGUCCGUCGGUGGCCUCGGGGGAACGUGGUCGCGUCUCCUGCUAGCGUGGGCGGGCGGGCGGCUUGGCAUAGCGGGGCCUUGCUGUUGGUCGGCCGCGGCCGGUCCACAAUGGGCUUCUGAAGGGCCCGCCGCCACCAGGCGGGCCCGUUCGGCCCCUGGCGUUGUGGGCGCUGGCAGCGUCAUCGGACAAAGGCCUGGGCGCGGGGGUGCCCCGAGGCGGGCUCGCGGGUUCACUUCCUCCUCGGCCCGGAGGGUGCGCUUCCCUCUUGGCGGGUCUUGAAGCCCGCCCCACCACCGCCCCUGUGGCCCUGGCUGCGUGGGACCAUCAGGACUAAUUCUGUCCGGCGGAUCUCAUCCGGAUCGGGACCUGGUCCUGGGGGAGGCCCCCACCUCCCCUCCUAUUUGUUCUGGGGCCCAGGUGAGCGCCUCGUUCCCACUAGACUCUGUUUCACCGGCUACUACCGGGUCCGCCCCCUGGGAUUAGGAAAAGGGGAUUCUGGUCUGGCACGAGGGCGAGAGACCUGGGGGCAGGAGCCCCCUCCCCCCACGGCGGGACCGCGGGCAACGGAAUCCCAAAAGCAGCUGUUGUCUCCAGAGCAUUCCAGCUGCGCUUGGAUUUCGUUCCCUGCUCUCCUGCCUGAGCAACGUCCGGGCCCGCAGACACUUUGCCGGGCCGCUCUGGUCUUCUCCCCACAAGUGCGCCCUCAGGCUGAUGGUGGCAGGUAUAGACGCGGGAGACCUGGGGCUGGUGGUCAUCUGUGGAACCCCGGAGAGCAUUGGCGGGGGGAGGGCAGGCCCAGGGCAAUGGCGGUGAGUCCCACAGGGCCGUCGCAGCUCGCUAAAGAUAGCGCUUCACUUCCUGGGGAAAAACCACCCCAACCGUCUUCAUGGGCCUAAAGAGGCUGAAGUCCCCAGCUCGCCUCAGGCCCUUAACCCUGCUAGCAGCUGCCCCCGGGUCGGGAGCCUGCGGCAUGGAAAGCGCUUUGGAAUGACACGAUCACUCCCGUUGAGUGGGCACCCAAGAAGCCAUCGGGAAUGUCGUGUCCGCCCAGUGCUCUUUUGGCGCCUCCCAGCAGGGCUUCGCAGCCCUGGCCCAGAAAGGGGCUUUGCCAAGCUCUUCCUGCCCCUGGGGUCCCCUCCUCUCUAAGCUCUGGGCACAACGACCGCUCCAGGGCAGAGAUCGUGGGGUUUCCCAGCGCUCUAUGCUGAGUGGGGCUCCAUCUCUAUUAAAAAAGAAAACCAGGGGAGUUAGUCGAAAUGGAAGCAUUUGGGAGCCUUCCUGCUGGUAGAGAAGAGGGAUGCUUCCAGUUGAGGGCUAUCCUUGAGCCUUCUCCUAAGUCAUAUUGUUGCCCGCAUAAUGGCUCGUUGCCUAAAACAGGAAGCAGGAGGAUUACUAUUUAAAGUACACCAGUUUUAAGGAGAAGCAUUAAAAGCUGGUAAUUCUGGAAACGUCCAUAACGAUGGUCCAAGCUGCCUACAUUUCAAGAAGAGAAAAUCGGGAAUUCUAUCAGUGUGCGCAUUUAUCGGGAAUAAAGAUGAUUCAUAUCUCAACAAAGAAAUGCUUGCAAAUAACCUGAAACACUUUUUUUCUUUAAUGAGGUGUUUUUUUUUGUAGCUUAUGAAAGUGGCUUUACUGUUAGAUGCCUUUUGCCAGUGACAACCCAUUUGGAACGUUUGACGUUUUAACACGUGUAAAAUGGGGAAAAUGAAACAUUAUCACACAAAUACCGAGAUGUGAGACUUCGAUGAAGAGAAAAGGGAUCCAGGUUGAGCCCCUACUGCUUGGGUCGCGAGGAUCCUUUUCCUAAUUGCUAAUGUGAGGCCACAGUGAAGGCGCCUUGGGCCCACAGAAGACUCAGAAGGGAAGGUGGGCCGGAAGCGCCCGGCACAGCGCACUCGGGCGCACCUGUCCCCUCUGGGACUGCGCCGGGCCAAUCGCCCCUCCCGGAAGUUCGGCCUCUUGACACUUUGCUUCCGGUUCCGCUUGCUCCUUUCCGGUCGCCAUGGCGACGGGGCGCCUUGGCCUCGGGGAGACAUUGGGGGCCCUUAAUGCUGCCUUGGGACAAGGCGGCCCCGUGUGGUUCAAGGAGACGCGCGCCCGCCACCUGCGCGCCCGAGACUUCCUGGCGCCAAGGCGCGCGCUGCAGGCGCGCUUCGGAGACCAGCAGGUGAGCACAAGUCGGGCGGGGGCUCAUGGCCGCAUGUAGUAGAGGCGCCGGGGCCCGCUCACCCGCCCGUUCACCUGCAGGUGCCAGAGCCUGUGGUCACUGCAGUUGCCGGCCUGCAGGGCCCCGGCGUGGCCCCGGUGCUGCGCUGCGCGCCCACCCCUGCCGGCCUGGCGCUCCAGCUGCGGCGGCCUGCUGUCUUCGAGCGCGUCCUCAGCUCGGUGGCCGCCUACGCCGCGCCUGCCGCGCCUGCCGCGCCUGGUCCUCGCGUCGUCCUGCAUUGCGCCGCGCUGCGCGGUGCCCCCUGCACCCUCCGCCUGAGCCAGCUGCGUGCCAUUCUUGUAGCCGAUCAUCUGGCGCGAGCCCUGCGCGCUCGCGGGUGAGCCGGGGCGUGGGGCCCAAACGGAGAAGACAGGACCUCUCGGGGCCUAGAGCGGCGCCGCCCUCGGGGAUGGACGCUGGGAGUGGGAAAAAGAAGGAAGAGCUGGGCUGCGUGCGCCGGCUGAGGCGGCCUCCCUCGCUUCACAGGGUGACUGUGCGCCUGGUGCCCGCGGCGCGGGACCCGCACAUGAGGACCUUCUUGCAGCAACUGCGAGUGGAAUGGCCCGCUGCCUCGGAGAGAGCCGCGACCGAAGCCCUGAGGAGCCGCGCUCUUGCUGAGCAUACUUCUGCCCACGAUGGGGAGGUCCUGCCCCCUGGCAUCCUGGGCAGAGUGUGCCUUAAAGAGCUGGUGGAAAAGCAGGGGCGCUUAGCUGGCUAUGACCCCAACCUAGACAGCUGUCUCGUGACUGAGGAUCUUCUCUCCUUGCUGGCCGAGCUGCAGGAGGCUGUGCAGAAUUGGCCUGAGGACAGCUCCCCAGGCGUGGCUGGGACCCCAGACCCUGGUACAGACAGCUGCAUUGUUGUCCAUGUGGUAAGCUGCGAGGAAGAGUUCCAGCAACAGAAGUUAGACCUGCUUUGGUGCAAGUUGGAUGACCAGGCUCCCCUCAGACAGAAGCACCUGGUCUGUGGCCCAGUGAAAGUAGCUGGUGGACCUGGUACCCUGACCGUCCCAGAGUACUACGAGCUCCGGCUUGCCCAGGUAUGCAAGGCCUCAGCACUCAAGCAUGGCGGGGAUCUGGCACAAGACCCAGCCUGGACAGAGAUCUUUGGGAUUCUCUCUGUGGCUACCAUCAAAUUUGAGAUGCUCAGCACAGCCCCCCAGAGUCAGCUGCUCCUGACCCUGGCCGACAGCAGCGUUUCCACAAAGGGCACCAAAAGUGGCACCUUUGUCAUGUAUAAUUGUGCCCGCCUUGCCACACUCUUUGAGAGUUACAACCACAGCAUGGAACAAGGUCUGUACCCCACCUUUCCACGCGUGAGCAGCCUGGACUUCUCACUGCUACAAGACGAGGGUGAGUGGCUGUUGCUCUUCAAUAGCAUCCUCCCCUUCCCGGACAUGCUGAGCCAGACGGCAGCCCUGGCCUACACUGCCCCGGGGCUCCACAUCACUGCACACACGGAGAUGGUUUGCAAGUUCCUGGUGCAGCUCAGCAUGGAUUUCAGCUCGUACUACAACCGUGUACACGUCUUAGGGGAGCCCCGACCACACCUCUUUGGUCAGAUGUUUGCACGCCUGCAGCUUCUGCGGGCCGUGCGUGAAGUGCUGCACGCUGGCCUGGCCAUGCUGGGCCUCCCUCCAUUGAACCAUAUCUGAAGCAACAAGGCCCUAAUGU